UACUCAAAAUAUAAAUAAUACUAAAUAAAUAAAAGGGUGAGAGAAAGCAGGUAGAAAAGAACAAGACUAGCUUGGAUUAGGUCUUUAUAAUCCCCAAAUUCACCAGAGAGAGAGAGAUAGGAAAUGUCUGCCAUGGCUUCCAAGAGUCAACGUCUUCUCUUGACCAUUCUACUGAUUUGGAUCUCUAUCGUCUCCACCUCCGCAAGGCCCUGCAAAACCCUAUUCGUUUCCUCUUACUCAUUCUCCCUCCGCCAACCCCAAUUCCACUCCUCAUCGGGAUUCGUCACCAUUUUCGCCGAGGUCACCCAAUUCCGUCGUGUCAAUGGUGAGGCUUGGAUCAUAGAAGAAGAGCACCAAGAACAAGAACAAGAACAGCGACGACAAUACCAAGAAGAAGCCUCACGCCAAGUCCAACCCUUACGGAAGAUGCCCCUUUUUCCCUUGUCCGCCUCCACCUCUCCCUACGAUCUCACCUCCCUCCGCGAUCGCACCAAGGAUAUCCUCAGCGUUGUCGUCGCUCUCCUCUUCGGCGUUGGCUGCGGCGCACUCACUGCCGCCACCAUGUACUUAGCCUGGUCGCUCUUCUCCACUCGCUACCAGGACGACGCCGAUGACACAACCAGCGCCGUUGUGGACGAUGAUGGGCUUAGCCCUAAGAAGAUGGGUUACGUUAAGAUUCCCACCGCUGAUGCGAAACAAACCGAUUGGUAAUUUCUAUCAGCCCUAAUUCGAGUCUGGUAAUCAUAAACGAAUGAUAUUUACAGAUGCUUAAAACUCUUUUUUUUUUCCUUAAAUGGUAUUGUCGUUGAUAAUAAGCAAGUCUUUGUGUUUGUAUUCUGUUCUUUACUUGUCAACUACUCUCUAUAUGUAUCUAUUUGUAUAUUCAUAGGCUGCUACUCUUGAAAUGUUUAUUUAUUCUGCUUUGUUGAAUUUCUGCUCUGUGAGACGAUGCUUCUGGUAAGAAAUUCUUAACCUUUUAAUAUAAGCCCGCCUUUAUUAGAA